AUGGGCAACCACGCGCUUAUCUACGGCGCGUCUGGGAUCUCUGGUUGGGCAAUCGUCAAUUCUAUCCUCAAUGGCUAUCCGUCGAAGGAUGCAUUCACAAAGGUGUCUGCGCUUGUCAACAGGCCAUUGACGCGCGAGAUGACUCUUUGGCCUGAUGACCCAAGAUUGCAGAUUGUAUCUGGAAUUGACCUGUUGAAGGGCAGCCAGGAAGAUCUUGAGAAGGCCAUCAAGGAGAAGGUACCCAACGUAGACAGCGUGACACAGGUUUACUUCUACUCCUACAAACAAAUCGAUGACAACGACGCGGAAUGCAAGACCAACGAGGCCAUGCUGGAGCGCGCUGUGACGGCCAUCGAGAAGCUUUCUUCCAGACUAUCAUAUGUCGUACUUCCUUCUGGGACGAAGAUCUACGGUUGCCAAAUGUUGGACAAAUUUCCUUUUGCAAACGAUCUCCCACUACGCGAAACCCUUCCUCCUAUCCCAGAGCCCGCCCUCUCUCAACUUUUCUACUACAACCAGAUCGACUGCUUGAAGCGCAUCUCCAAAGGCAAGAAUUGGAAUUGGUGCGAAGUGCGGCCAGAUAAUAUCAUUGGCUUUGUACCCAAUAACAACGCAUACUGCCUAGCGCAGACGCUCGCACUGUACCUCUCAAUCUUCCGUGCUGUUGAGGGCGAGGGUGCAAAAGUACCCUUCCCAGGAAGUGAAAAGUCAUGGGUGAAUCGAUACAAUGAGUCGCCGCAAGACAUGGUUGCGCACUUCUCGAUUUACGCAUCGCUGCACCCUGAGAAGACUGCAUCGCAAAGCUUCAACGUUGGUGGACAAGAAGAUAACUGGAAGGGAAAAUGGCCAGUAAUCUGCGACUACUUUUGCUUGAAGGGUACCGGACCGGAAGAGAACUCCCCACAGCCCGGUGCAUAUAUUGCAGCGCACAGGAAGGAGUGGGAUGAGCUGGAGCGGAAACACAAUCUCAAGAAGGGUUCCGUGGACAGCGACAUUACACAUCCAGGCUUUCAGUAUUAUAUUAUGACGAUGUUCGACUUCGACCGUCAGAUGAGCAUGGAAGCUUCGCAUAAGGUCGGCUAUACGGAAGAGAUCAAGACGCCAGAAACUUGGAAGGUCACAUUUGAUCGCAUGAGACAGGCGAAGGUCGUUCCAUGA